AUGGCUCCCACCCGUGACCUUGCGCCCGCAAAGGGCCGUGGUCGCUUCAGACUCAGACGGCCCUCUGUCUCCAUCCCAGACAGCACUCCGUUGGAGAAGUUGGACCUGUCCAACGCCAACGUUUCCGAGAUCUCACUCGCCCCCAUGGACCGCUCGGCAGACAACAGAUCCGACCUGAGCAUCAGCUCAUCCGGGAGCUGGAGGAACAAGGACAGCAGCAACAGCAGCAGCAGCAGCAGCGGGAAGCCUCCGUUGAUGUUCAAGCCCCCUGCCCUCCGCUACCGUGCGUCUCGCCCAGAGCUCGGCCGGCCGUGGAGGCGCUCCAACGAAGCUGUCUACCCUUCCGCCGACGACACCAACGACUCGGAUGUCGAGUCCAAGUACAGCUUCGACUCCCGCUCCACCAUCACCAACGCAACCAGCGUCGAGGACUUUGACACCCACCCCAGCAAGACUGACACUUACACCUCGGCCGUCCGCACCCGGCCGUUCACUGUUGAGAAGCAAGUCACUAGAACCACCACUACCGCCACUAUUCCACCUCCCCCAGCCAAGCCCGCCAACCUUAAGGGCGCCCGGGUCGACAUCGUCGCGCCCAAAAGACAGACCGUCCACAUCCAGGUGGCCCCUGUGGCCCCCGCUCCUCCCGUGGUCCAGACCAUCACCUCUCAGGAGCUCCGUGAACGUGAGAAGGUAGAGGAUGGGCUCCUCAAGGAGAUCUCUCGCAUGAAGGAGGAGACCAAGAGCCUCCUCGGCAAGCAGUCCGACACCGACAAGAGACUCGAAGACGCCCUGGAGAGGCUCUCGACACUCUCCGCCGACAAGGAAAAGACGGAGAAGAAGCGCCGCGAGGAGAGGAGUCUCAAGGACAAGAUCGCCCGCGACUUUGAUGAGCAGAGCCGGCUCCUGGAUGACGUCAAGAGCUGCCUCAGCGAGCACGAGAAGAAGCUCGAGGAUGUCGCCCGCGAACGGGACCAGCUCAAGGGCAUCAAGCAGCGGCUGGAAGCCAAGUCCAACGACCUCGAGAAGCAGAUCGCUCUCGAGAGGGAUGCCAAGGACGAGGUCGCCAACAAGAACGCCGUCUUGGAGAUGGACAUUGCCGAGCAGGAAAAGAUCAAGAAGCACUUUGAGACGCGGUGCCGCGACCUGGAGAGGAGCGUCGGCGACGCCCACUACGUCACCAAGGAGACAGAGCGCGCCCUCAUCGAGCGGAUCGCCGCGCUGGAGCUGACCAAGGAGAGUCUCCAGGUCCGCGUCGCCGGGCUCGAGACGGAGCUCAUCCGCAGGGGCACCGAGAUCGGCGACAUCACCGCCGAGCGCAACCUCUUGCGGAUGGACGUCGACAAGUACAAGCCCCAGGUCGACCAGCUCAACAAGGAGAACGGCGCCCUCACGGAGGCCAAAAGGGGCCUGCAGGCCCGCAUCGACGACCUCGACCAGCAGAAGAAGGGGCUCGAGGCCAACGUGGAGAAGCUCGAGACGGAGAAGAAGAGCGCCCAGGACAGCUACGACGCGCUCGAGGCGGAGAGGAAGGGACUCGAGGCCGACAUGGAGAAGCUCAAAACGGAGAAGAAGGACGUGGAGAGCCGCUUCGGCGCUCUCGAGGUCGAGAAGCAGGAGGUCGAGGUCCGCCUGACGCAGCUCGAGACCACCAACACGGAGAUGCAGACCCGCUUCGAGAGCCUCGAGGCCACCAAGGGCGAGCUCGAGCUCGGCAAGGGGCAGCUCGAGACGCAGGUCAAGACGCUCGAGGGCGUCAAGGCCAAGUACGACAAGCUCAAGACGCGCGUCGAGGGCCUCAAGGACAAGAACGCGACGCUCCAGUCCCAGGUCGGCGCCCUCCUACAGGACCAGGACGACAAGAGCUCCCAGAUCCUCAGCCUGGCCGAGGAGCGCAACAGCCUCCGUUCCGAGAACGCGUCGCUCAAGGACGAGAACGAGUCCGUCACGAGCGAGCUCCGACGCGCCGAGUCGCUCAUGGGCUCCGUCGCCGGCUCCGUGACCCCCUCCGUCGUGGGUUCCGCGGACGAGAGCGACGCGGACACCGUCAAGGGCGAAGACGACGCCCCGCCGCCGGCCCCCGCGGAGGCGCCUCCUGCACCCCCUUCGACGAAGGAGGAGGAGGAGGCUGCUGCUGCGGUCCCUAUCAUCGAAGAAGCACCGCCGGCCCCCGAGGAUGUCAAGGACGACGCGGUCAGCGCCAAGUCCGUGGCCCCUGAGCCCGAAGCGGCGGAAGCGGAAGCAGCACCGGCACCCAUCGACAACGACGCCGGCACCACUACCACCGAGAAGGCCGAGUCCGCAUCGGUCAAGUCGGUCAACUCGGCUACCCCCUCCGAGUCGGCCGUCAUGGAGGAGCUCCGCCAGCGCAUCGCCGAGCUCCAAGGCCGCAACGAACAGCUGCAGUCCGAGACCGUCAAGCUCGGCUCCCUCAUGGCGGAGAGGGACGAGCUGGCCACGCGGGCCGCGGCGAUGGAGCCCGAGGCCCGCCAGGCGCCGCAGCUGCGCCAGGAGAACGCGGCGCUGACGUCGCAGCUGGGCCUCGUCAACGCCCAGCUCGACGGCCUCCGCGCGUCGUACGACGCCUCGGUCGCCGAGGUCAACGGCCUCAGGGACCAGAUCGGCCAGCUGCGCGGGCGGCUGUCGAGCACGCCGUCGUCUUCGCUCCAGUCGCGCUCGAGGGAGUCGUCCCACGCGCGGCAGCCGACCAAGACGAAGAAGGACAACGACAAGAAGAAGGAGCAGUUGGUGGUCGUGCGCAACCCGAACGAACGGGGCGGCAUGUAA